UGGACUGGAGAUUCCAGACAUACUUUUACCGACAUGACGAUCAAUGACAUCAAUCUGAGCUGAGCUGAGCUGAGCUGAGUUGAACCUCUGAAUUCCUGGGAUUCGCAUGAUGCAAUGGCCGGAAGUAAUGAAUGAUCGUGAAGCUGAUUACAAAGGGACUUCGAAAACCCUACUGACAAUUACAUGCUUUACAGUUUUCGUUACACAUUUCUGGAUCCCUAAGCUUGAUCCUAUGCAGCCGUGCAAAACGAUGCUUCGUUCUCUAUUUCUCUUUGAUCCAUAUGCCCAUAUCUUUAACAUCGAAGUCAACAGCGGUGCCAUUAAGGUACUCGCAAGAAAGAACGAAAAUGUUACGAGACAGUGUCGUAUACAAGGCCUAAUGCAGAACGUUACACCUAACAUGUGAAAUCGAACACG